AUGAGGCUACUGACAGGGUUAAUAGUGCUGGGCGUCAUUGGCUCGGCCGAAACGUCUCUGUGGCACAAGGCGAAAGAGGCGGUGAAGCAGACGGUGUACGGGGUGCAGUCGCAGGCCCAGUCAGCCGCGCAGCGCACCAACGCUGGCGCCGUGCGGGCAAAGGACACGGUCGCCCAAGGCGCCAAAGACACGGUCGCCGUGGCUUCCGAUGCUGCUCGGAGAACGGGCAACGCGGCCGCCCGCUCGAUCCAGACGGUACAGGACACUUCCUUCGGGGUGGCCCGGGCUGCACAGAACACAGCCAGUCGGGCAGGAGGCGCAGUCGCGGAUACCGUGGCUGACGCGGCGGACGGAGUGAAACGGGCCGGCCAGCAAACGGCUUCCUAUGCCAAACAGACUGUCAACGCCGCUGGUGGUGCCCUCAACAACGCCGCAGGCGCUGCGAAGGAUACUGCUCAGCUAUCGGUGAACAUGGUCUCCAACUCCGCCAAUUCG